UGGGGUCAGUUCUCCGCUGGUUCUGAUCCGAGCACGUUGUGUGAUUUUUGUUUUUUCGCAGUUUUAUCAAUUAAGUUUCCAAAAAAUGACCUCCCUCCACUCCACGGUUGACCUGCGCUCGGACACCGUCAGCCAGCCCACGGACAAGAUGCGGGCCCGGAUGGCCACCGCCGUGGUCGGGGACGACGUUUACGGCGAGGAUCCCACCGUCAACGAACUGGAGGCGCGGACAGCGGCCAUUUUCGGCAAGGAGGCGGGCCUCUUUGUGCCCAGCGGCACCAUGGGAAAUCUACUGGCAAUUAUGGUUCACUGCCAUCGUCGUGGCACAGAGGCCCUGGUCGGCGAUUUAUCGCACAUCUUUCUGUACGAGCAAGGUGGCGCCUCGCAUUUGGCCGGAGUCCAAUUAGCCACUCUGAAGAACGAGCAGGAUGGCACAUUUAGUCUGCAGGAGCUGCGUCGCAGGAUUCGCCACGAUGACUGCCACGAGCCCAUCACCUCGCUGGUGGUGGUGGAGCAAACCCACAAUAUCUGCGGCGGCAAAGUGGUGCCUCUGGCCUUCCUGGACGAGCUAGCUGCUCUGGUCCGUCAGCCGGGCGUGGGCACUGGAAGCGCCCGCAUCGCCCUCCACAUGGACGGGGCCAGGGUCUUCAAUGCGGCCACCGCCUUGGGCGUGGGCGUGGAGCGCAUCUGCCGCGACUUCGACUCGGUAUCCAUCUGCCUCAGCAAGGGCUUAUCGGCUCCCGUGGGAUCCGUGCUAGUCGGCUCCAAGGCCUUCAUUUCGCAAGCACAUCGACUGCGCAAAGCUUUGGGAGGCGGAAUGCGGCAGGUGGGAGUGCUAGCAGCAGCCGGACUUGUAGCCCUGGAUGAGGUGGUUCCACUGCUGAGCAAAGAUCACGAGCGGACCAAGAAAAUCGCCCACGCUAUUUACGAACUGAAAAGUCCCAACGUUGCCGUGGACCUGGAGACUGUCCAGAGCAAUAUCCUCCUGGUGGAGAUAACCCAGCCCAAGCUGACGGCCAGCGACUUCUCCACCAGGUUGAGCACCGUGGAAGCCGGAGAAGUGGAGGCCGGAGUGAGGGACAAAAAUGGAGCCGGCAUCGUGGUGAAGGCCAGUGCCCGGGACUGGGCGUUUGCGAGGCUGGUGCUCUACCAUCAGGUGGACGAUGAGCAAGUGGACCUGGCCAUCCGGAAGCUGAAGCACGUCAUCGGGCAGUACGACCAGCAAUGGCCCAGGACGUAGACUUUUGUAAUUCUUUUGAAUGUUACUGGAAAGACAAACACAAUUAGACUUUGCAUUUUGUCGUUUAAUUAAAGAUAUAGAGGCAGCAAAAG